GUCGUCUCUUACUACAAAAAAAAAAAAAUUAUACCUUAAGCUUUUUACUCUGGUUCUUUCUUUGUGAACAACAACAACAUCCCACCGGAAGAAUUGAUAAAUUGAGUGAAACUUUAUUCCUCUUCAUCAUCGACAUCCUUCUCUUUCUUCAAUUCGGUAAGAUUUCUUGGAGCAGACUCUAGAUCGAUUUUAAACCAAUUGUUAUUUUUUGUUGUUGUCGGGUGUGUUUUUAUGUCAAUCUCUUGCUCUCAUUGCUGGCCUGGGUAACCAAGUUUGAGCUUAUUCCUUUUGAUUCUGCCCGGAUCUCUGAUUUUUUAAGUUGAUUAGUGCAAGACGACAAGUGAUGAAAAGACAGACAAAGGCUUCAAGUUUGUUGAUAACUGCUGUCUAAGGAGUUUCCCUUGAGACAUUCUGACUCUGACGUAAGAGAAGAAGAAAAGACUCUUUAUUAGUCUCUGUCUCUAUGGACACAGAUCUGAUCAGCAAUCUCCCCGAUGAUGUUCUUGGCAAAAUCCUGUCUUUAGUUCCGACAAAGCUUGCUGCUGCAACGUCGGUUCUGUCCAAGAGGUGGAGGAAUCUGCUUCCGCUUGUAGAUAGCCUUGAUUUUGACGAAACGAUGCUUUUCUAUCCCGACAACAAAGACGGAGAGGACGAAGCAUCUAGUUACGAGAGUGGUCAACGUCGACGUCAUAGCUUCUCUCAUUUCGUGGACAAAACGCUUGCUCUGUUAAGCAAUGCUCCUCUUACCGAGAAAUUCUCUCUUAAAUGCUAUCACGAAGAUGAUGGAGCUCGUAUCAACCGUUGGAUUCGCACCGCGCUAGAACGUGGCUGCUUGGAGCUAAACUUAGAGGCAGCCAAUUAUCUACCUAUAGAUUCUCAGUAUUUCACUAGCAACACACUGGUUAAACUCACCAUUUCCGAUGGAUUUUAUCCUGGAGGCCAUCUUCUUCCUUUUGGGGGUGUGUUUUUCCCUGCGCUCAAAACACUUACUCUCGUUUCAGUUUGUUUUACAAGUGUUGAGAUGAUUAACUUCUUCAUCCAUGGAUGCCCUGCGCUUGAGGAAUUAUUCCUAUGCGUUUGGAUGCAAUACAUGUCAAGUCCAAACGUAAAGCGAGUUACCAUCACUAGUGAUUUUGAUGACGAUAUCCAACGUCCUAGCAUGGUGCUGAAGACACCGAGUCUUGUGUACCUUGACUACUCCAGUUAUGUCGCUGGAAACUAUUAUGUUGUUUUGGAUUCGCUAGUCGAAGCUAGACUGGAUCUUCGAUUAUAUGAGCCAAUCAUCUAUGAUGAGGAUGGUUUGUGGAAUGCAGAAGUUUUUGGCAAUAUUACGAAUCUGAUUGAGGCGAUCAGAACCAUUAAGAUCCUUCACUUGUCUCCUAGUUCUCUCGAGGUGUUUUACUAUUGUUGUGAUUUGCCGGUGUUGGAAGAUCUCGUUAAUUUAUCUAUCGAAAGUGACAAGGAAAAAGGCUGGGAAGUAAUGCCAAGGCUGCUCAACAAGUCCCCAAAUCUACAAACUUUAGUCGUCAAGGGUCUUGUGCACAGAGUUACAUAUUGUUGUGGAGACGCGUGCGCUUGCAUCCGUAUGAAGGACAGGGAGAUAGUAUCCUGUUUGUCGAGGUGUCGAGUGAAGGUGCUUAAGAUUUUAGGGUACGGAGGAAGUUUUAGAGAGCUGAAACAAAUGAGGCAUUUUUUGGGGAAGUUGAAAUGUCUCGAAACUGUGAAAGUUGGCGUUAAAGAGGGCAGCAAAAAGAGUAACUACUUGGUAGCUAAUGUAAUGGCUCUCCCCAGAGUUUCAUCAAAAUGCAAGAUUCAAUUCAUAUGAUUUCUCCCUCUUUCUCUCUCGUGGUUAUGCAUUUGUUUAAAGUUUAGAAAUUUGUUUUUGCAAAAGCAUAUAUGCAUUCUUCUCAAAAUUUUCGUUUAAGAGUUUCUUACACUAUCUAACACAAGAAAACAGAGUUAUGCACACAAAAAAGGAUUUUACUAUGUCAAACCUUUUUAAAAAGAUGAUUUAGAAAAACAGUAAUUAUGAUAGUUC